GCUCAACACCCACCGCAUCACACAUCAAUUCCCCAAUCCCCUCCAAUCUCACCCUCGGAGCAGCAGAGCCAUCCAGCGAGCGUCGCCAGCCAUGUCGGGCCGCGGCAAGGGAGGCAAGGGCCUGGGAAAGGGCGGCGCGAAGCGGCACAGGAAGGUGCUGCGAGACAACAUCCAGGGGAUCACGAAGCCGGCGAUCCGGCGGCUGGCUCGGCGGGGCGGCGUGAAGCGCAUCUCCGGGCUCAUCUACGAGGAGACCCGCGGCGUGCUCAAGAUCUUCCUCGAGAACGUCAUCCGCGACGCCGUCACCUACACGGAGCACGCCCGCCGCAAGACCGUCACCGCCAUGGACGUCGUCUACGCGCUCAAGCGCCAGGGCCGCACCCUCUACGGCUUCGGAGGCUAAGCCCUCGCGUGGUGCAGGUGCUUCGGGUGUAGUUGUGGUCAGGCGGGUCGUCGUUCUCUGGUGUGCUGGUCAUGUGUGUGCAGCUGCGUGCUGGUGCUUGUAACGAGUUCCAGAUUCUAUAAUAUGGAUAUUCAUCUUGCA